AUGCAGCGCGGUCCCCCCUACGCAGAUAUUUAUAUGAGGAAUCCAUCCACUAUCUCUCCUGGAAAAUGCCAGUACGCUUCUGCGCCGCUCAAAAAUGUGCAGUUCGGCCCCUCAGCUCGCCUAUUUGAGCUCCGGAGUCAUAGGCAUGGGGGUGUUGUGCAGUAUGUGGGGUCAGGCAGCACUGUUGGGGAUCACCAGAUGAGUUCUCGCGAAGCUGUGCCUCUUUUUGACGGGCUGGACGUGAAGGCAGGCAGGCCUUGUCUCCACGCUGCACGGCUCCCCCAGCAAGACUCCUCGCAGACUCUGGCUGCUGCUUGUUCUGUAUGGCUUGGUGCUGCUCAGCUGCCACUAGCACUGCUUCGCGCCGCUCAAAAUCGUCCGCUGAUGGUUGAGUUGAAGAACGGGGAAACGUACAGCGGAAUGUUGGCAGCGUGUGAUGGUUUCAUGAACCUCCAUCUUAAGAACUCCGUAUGCACUUCUAAGGACGGCGAGAGAUUUUGGAAGGUUAGCGAGUGCUUUUUAAGGGGCAACACGGUCAAGUAUGCGCGACUCCAGGAGGAGCUCGUGACGCUUGUGAAGGAAGAGAAGCCUCAAGCCCGCGACAAACCCCCUGCGCGGGGUCGGGGUCGAGGCCGCGGCAUUUCCAUGCGUGGUGAGUUGACUUGCUAA